AUGCCUCCUACCGCCCCACACGCUUGUAUCAGCCCUGUUUACAGCUUCGGCGUUGCCUCCGUGAGGUGGGAGGACGGUCUCUUGGACAGCCGUGGUACCCUUCAUGUCUGGAACAAUGGCGGCUUGCAAGACCUGACCGGCCUUGUAACGAAAGCGUCUUCUGAGAGUCUUUUUGAGGAAGAAUCUGUCCCUUCCGUCGUAAUCUCAAGACCCGCUUGCCUGAACACUUCUCCUGUGCCAGGCUGUACAAUGCCCAUACCCGACGCUUGCCACCCUGGUUGUGGACCAAGGCUAGUGCAAUUGGCAAGGGGAGCAGCGCCGACAUGGGAGUGCUUCAAUCCCGAGUUAGAAUACACAGUCCGCCGAAUCAACAUACGUAAACGCGGAACAACUCCGUUCCAGAUGAAGCUCCCUGGAAUGCUAAAACGUCUGAAGGUCCGUGACGGCUGUAUCGUGCCUUCGCAGCCGGAAGGUACGCCAAAUCCGCUCUCAAAAUCGAUGCGGAACCCCACUGCGGAACCCCAUGAUCUGGCACUUGGAAACUACAUGCGACAUGCUGGCGUGUCUGCGUCACAGUCGGCGGAGAUACUGAGGAACUGGCUCCGUCCGCAUCGCUCUGGCUGGUCUGGAGCCACCGUGUGCGGUGGAAGUCCACGCUUUCGCCUCGGCUUUGUUCACCCACGAAUCCUUCAGCACCGCACCACAGCGCAUCUCCCUGUAUCUACUCCACUUACAGGUCUGGAUAUCGGGUCUCAGGUUCCAGAUCCUCUCCUCAUAUCGCAGCGGUCCUUUGCCCGCAUUCCCCUCAUUUCGGAACUCGCUGGAGAAGCACUUACCGCUCGUGCCGACUCUGCCGCGUCCUGUUCCUGGGAGGGGAGCGUUGUGCUGACGUCCAUGUCCUCUCCUUGUCUUGUUACUGCAAUCGGCGUGCCUCCAUCCAACUCUUGGGACGAGAUUGUGCAGGAUUUGGUGUGCGCUGCGACAGAAUACCGACAGUGGCUUGAAUGUCCGGUCGACCUCGGUGUAUUAGUUGAAGGCCUUGGCUUCCUUCCCGAUACCAGUGAUAAGUUGAAGACAACAACAUCGGAUGCUUCUGUAGUAGACUGGUCAAACUCCACAACCAUUCGGCCGCCCAGUUCUAGGUAA